AUGCCGCCGCUGGAUGGCGGGCAUAGCCAAGAGCAGCACGGCACAUGGUUCGCUGCCGAGCGGCGCGCCCUCGUCAAGUCCGUUGGCUUCUUAGCCGCCAUUGCCCGUUGGAUUCUCUGGAUUCUCUUUCCCGGUAGCUUUCUGCUCAUACCCUGGAUCAUCCUCAUAUCCGCAUAUGGUCCGACUUCCUAUCCAAGGAUCAUAGCGCUCGUCGCUUUUCUCGUGCAUGCGUUCAUCCUCUUUGACCUCCAUGAGCAUGGCUACAUAGGUGUGGAAGGCAUUGAUGACGCCGGCUUCGCAUUCACAAUCUUUACAUAUUACGAGGCGGCAAUCUUUGCUGUUUUCCUUCUCUUUCGCCUACUAAUGGUCAAGCGGGCCGACGGGGGAGGCACCGAGUCUUCAACAGAGCGGGCUAAAACGACCUAG